AUGGGCGCUGCCAUUAGCAUCCUGGCCGUGUUCCCCGCCUCCGCGUCUGCGGGCUGGCAAAGCUUCCAGCCUCAGCGCCGCACGGCCUCCUCGUGCCCGGACUACAGCAGCUAUUCGGCUCAGCCGCACGGCCCGUAUUCGUCUGGCCCUCUGAAGCUACCUUACAUGAGGCCGAGCGAGGAGUGCAGGACGUUCAAGAGCCCGGCAGUAGAGAAAGUGAUUAGCGACUUGAAAUCUCAACUCAAGGAUCCGGACCUUGCCCGGCUGUUUGAAAAUACCUUUCCGUCGACGCUGGACACGACCGUCAAGUAUUUCGACCCGGCGCAGAACCUGGCAUUCAUCAUCACAGGUUUUGCUCACUUGUACAAGCUUCUGCCACAUGAUAAGAAUUUACAGGCUCUGGUCAAGGCGGUGAUCAACACAGAGGCGCGGUACAUCUCACAGUAUCCGUACUGCGGCUCGUUCCAGCCGCCUCCCGAGAGUGGCCUGGCUCCCUCCGUAAACGACUGGGCAACCGGUGUCAGGGUGAAUCCACCCGUUGACAACCAGACGGUCUUCGAAUGCAAGUACGAGCUCGACUCCCUCGCCGGCUUUCUCAAAAUCACGCGCUCGUACUACGCCAACACAAAGGACUCGUCCUUUAUCAACGACAACUGGAACGCCGCAAUGGCCCAGAUCGUCAGGGUCCUUUUCGAGCAAUCUCAGAGCAGCUGGUCGCAAGACUACCAAUGGGUCAGCUACUACAACUGGACGGGCACAGCCGGCGCGCUCUCCCCAAUGGUGCCCAACAGCGGCAACGGUGAGCCGAAGCAGGCAAAUGGUCUGGUCGCCUCGAGCCACAGGCCUUCAGACGACCUCUGCGUCUUCAACUUCAUCACCUCCGACAACGCCAUGAUGUCCGUCGAGCUCGCCAACGUCGCAGACAUGCUCGGGGCCAUCGGCACCCAGAGGCCCCUCGCCAAGCAACUGAUCCAGUACUCCGACACCAUCAAGCAGGCCGUCUGGGCGCACACCCGCGCCGCCAACGGCAUCUUCGCGUACGAGACCAACGGACUCGGGGCGCAGUACAUCAUGGAUGAUGCCAAUGUCCCGAGUCUCGUCUCGCUGCCGUACCUCGGCUUCCUCAAGAGGAGCGACCCGACGUACCAGAAGACCAAAGCGGCCAUGUUUUCGAGGGCGAACCCGUACUAUGCCGCGGGAAAGUCGUUUGACGGUAUCGGCGGCCCCCACGUCAACGCCACAUAUCCUUGGCCCAUGAGCCAAAUCUCCGCCAUUUUCGGCACCGACAGCGACCGCGAGAUCAAGCAGCGCCUGGCUCUCAUCCUCGGGAGCACCAGCGGCCUGGGGCUGAUCCACGAGAGCGUCAGCAUCUACAACGGGAGCUCAUACACGCGCCCGUGGUUCGCGUGGGCCAACAGCUACUUUGCUGAGAUGAUCCUCGACCUCGCCGAGAGGAAGCCCGCCCUCAUUUUGAAGUCUGGGCGGCCGUACAGGAUUGGGCAGUGA